AUGAUGAUGUCCUUGUUUGAUGGAACUUCUGGUAUACUACAAAAAUACACAAGCAGUAUCUCCAAAUAAGUCUCUAGUAAUUUAAUGAAACGAAACACUAUCAUAAUUAUCAAUAGAUAAAGAUAAAACACUAAAAUAGAAACAUAUGAAGCAAAAUUGAAUUCAAUAAACUAAAAGGUUUAGAUUGCUCAUAGUAGGCUACAAUCAUUACAGAAGAAAUUGAAUAAAAUAGAACAAACGUUAAGAAAUCUUUAAAUAAUCAAGAAUCUAAAAUAAAAUAAAAUUUAUUAUUAGACUAAUUCUAAAACCUUUUAUUAAGACCCUUUAAAGUCCAAGAAAAUAGUGUAUAAUAGACUACUAAAAGAGGCAUUUGAGACACGAUUGAUGAAAUUAUUGGAUGAAUAAUCUUACAAAAUAAGAUUAGAAUUGAACAAAAGUAUAGACAUGAGACUGAAGAGCAAUACAAAAAUAAUAGAAUUCAGAAUUUAAGUGAAGAUUAAGAGAAGAGAGAGGUAUGAUAAACUAUAAUUAAUAGAGAAAUGUUAUAUCAAGAGUUUGUAGGUAGAAUGGGAGAAUAAUUAUUUUUAGUGCAGGAAACAUUGAAUUAAGAAAAGCAUUAAAGAUCAGAAUCUCAGAACCAAAUGGGGACUAUGACUUAGGAGAUAAACAAUAUUUUAAAAUUGUAAUUGGCAUAAGAAUAGAUACAACGAGAUGAGACUGAAAGAAAAAUGAUCAGAUUAUUAAACGAGACAUGCAACCGGGUGGAAAAAUUCCCUGAGAAGGUGAUGAUAGUGUUUAUUUGA